ACCUUACCUGACUGAUUCCUGAACAGCACUGGUCUACUCAGCUAAAUUAAUGUGAGCACAACAGGAGAAGCAUUUAUUCCCCUGUCUCGAGAGCCUUUACCCUGCUGGUUUUCUUGAGCUAAAACUUGUGCAGCGCCUGGAUGCGCAAGCACUGAAGAAGUCCUCAGUGGUUCUAAGUGAGGAAAAGGUAAGCUGCAAAACAGAGGAAGCUUGUUGUCUUGGGGUUAGACUUUUGAGAAGCUGUUGUGGAUUCCCCUGAGUCUGAUAAAGCUAUGAGAAGUGCUGUUUUUUGUUGGAGCAGCUUAUCUUUCAGACUGGUGUCUGCGUGCUUGCUGUGUGCAUCAGCUGGAAAGCCAUGUGAGAUCAGAAAUAAAAUGGCUGACUGCAGUCACCUAAAGCUGAAUCAAAUUCCUUCUGAUCUCCCAAACAAUAUAAUGGGCUUGGACAUUUCUCAUAAUCAGAUAAAAAUGCUAUCUCCUGCAAAUCUCACCAGGUACAACCAGCUGGUUUACUUGAAUGCAGGGUAUAACAGCAUCUCUAAGCUGCAACCAGAAUUGUGUCAGAAUGUACCUCUGUUGCAGAUUUUGAAGUUAGAACAUAAUCAGUUGCAUGAGCUUUCUGACAGAGUCUUUGCUUCCUGCACCAACCUGACAGAUCUCGAUCUAGGAUAUAACAUAAUACAAAUAAAAAAUGAUCCUUUCAAAACCCUGAAGAACUUGAUCACUUUGGAUCUAUCUCAUAAUAAUUUGAAGUCAGCAAAUUUAGGAUCAGAAGAACAGCUGAAGAGUCUUCAUGAGCUUGUAUUGUCUAACAAUAACAUCAGUGAGCUGAAAAAGGAAGACUUCAGUUUUCUUAGAAGCACUUCCUUGAAUAGACUUGAUUUGUCAUCAAACCCACUGAAAGAGUUUCAUCUAGGAUGUUUGCGUGCGAUUGGAAAUCUGUAUGGCCUCAUACUGAACAAUGUUGAACUUGGUGAAAAUCACACAAAGAAACUUUGUACAGAAUUAUCAAACACAGCAAUUCAGAACCUUUCCCUGAGCCAUGUGAAGCUUUCAUAUGUUGGCAAGUUAACUUUCCAGGGACUGCAAGGAACAAAUCUUACAGUUUUAAACCUUUCUAAAAAUUCUCUCUCCGGGAUAGAAGAUGACUCCUUUCAGUGGCUUUCUAAUUUAGAGUACUUAAACCUGGCUGAUAAUAAGAUUACUGUGUCUUCUCAUUCACUUUAUGGAUUGUCCAGUGUGAAAUAUCUGAAUCUGAAAAAUUCCCUUUCUGGGAAAAUUGAAGAUUUUUCCUUUCGUUGGCUAUACCACCUGAGGUACCUUAUAAUGGACAAUAACAACUUUCCAGGAAUUACUGCUAAUAUGUUCACAGGCCUGAACAACCUGAAAUACCUGAGUCUCUGUAAUUGCAACAUAAACUUACAAAGAAUAACGAAUAAAACAUUUUCAUCACUUGCUAAUUCCAGUUUGCAGGUUCUCAACCUCACAAAAACUAGAAUCUCUACAAUAGAAAACGGGGCGUUUUCCUGCUUGGGACACCUGAAAAUUCUUGAUCUUGGCCUCAAUGAAAUUAGCCAAGAGCUCACAGGUCAUGAAUUUAAAGGUCUCAAUAGUAUACAAGAUAUUUACCUUUCCUAUAACAAAAACUUGAUUUUGCGAAGUGAGUCGUUCGCUUUUGUUCCAAGCCUUAGAAAACUAAUGCUGAGGAAGGUAGGUUGCAGUAAUCUGGCACUUUCUCCUUCGCCUUUUCACCCUCUACAAAAUCUGACAGUCUUGGACAUCAGCAAUAACAACAUAGCAAACAUAAAAGAUGACUUGUUUGAUGGACUUCACAAACUUGAUAUUCUGGAUUUGCAGCACAAUAAUUUAGCUCGACUUUGGAAACAUGCAAAUCCAGGUGGCCCUGUUCUUUUUUUAAAAGAUCUUCCCAAAUUACGUGUUCUUAAUUUAAAAUCGAAUGGGUUUGAUGAGAUUCCGGUUCAGGUUUUCAAGGGUCUGUUUCAACUAAAUGAUUUGGAUUUAGGAUCAAAUAAUUUGAAUUUGCUUCCAGCAGCUUUAUUUGAUGACCAAGUCUCUCUGAAUUCAUUGAACCUUCAGAAAAAUCUAAUAACCUCUGUUGAAGAAAAAGUAUUUGGCCCAGCUUUUAAGAGCUUGAGAAAACUAGAGAUGGAUUCCAAUCCAUUUGAUUGCACCUGUGAAAGUAUUGCUUGGUUUGCUGGUUGGCUUAAUGUGACCCAAGCGCAUAUACCUGGACUGCAGUCCCAGUACAUUUGCAACACUCCACCUAAGUAUCAUGGUAGUCUGGUGUUGCAUUUCGAUAGUUCAGCCUGCAAAGAUAGUGCUCCGUUUAAAUUACUGUUUGUGAUCACUACUACUGUUGUGAUGCUACUCAUCUUUAUUGUUCUUCUUGCCCAUUUUGAAGGUUGGAGGAUAACUUUCUACUGGAAUAUUUCAGUAAAUCGAGUACUUGGUUUUAAAGAAAUUGACAGACGGCAGGAAGAGUUUGAUUAUGAUGCCUACAUUAUUCAUGCAAGAAGGGACAAGGAUUGGGUGUCUGAGAACUUCAUCCCUCUGGAAGAAAAUAACCAGUUUCAAAUUAGGUUUUGUUUAGAAGAACGGGACUUUGAAGCAGGCAUAUCUGAAUUCGAAGCCACAAUUAAUAGUAUAAAAAGGAGCAGGAAGAUUAUUUUUGUUGUGACUGAACAUCUCUUAAAGGAUCCCUGGUGCAAGAAGUUUAAGGUGUAUCAUGCUGUUCAGCAAGCUAUUGAACAAAGUCGGGACUCCAUUGUAUUGAUCUUUCUUCAUGAUAUCCCAGACUACAAGUUGAAUCAUGCACUUUGCUUGAGAAGAGGAAUGUUCAGAUCUCGCUGCAUCUUGAAUUGGCCAGCUCAGAAAGAAAGAGUCAAUGCGUUUCAUCAGCAAUUAAUGAUGGCACUUAAAUCUAAUAGUAAAGUGCACUGAAUUUUGAAAAUGUGCAUUUGAAUUACAAAGACAUUUUGUUGCAUAUUUUCCAUAAUUAGGAAACAAGCCUUCAGAGGAAAAAAGGAAGACAAUUUCUUGUACUAGAGAAAUAUGUAAUCACUAGCUUGAUUUUUACCUGUCCAGAUUCAUGUUCUUGCUGAUAUUUUGAUUCACUGCACUCAAGUGACAUAUUAAAAUGCACCAUGAUUGAUAGUCAUCUUAGUCUGUAUUAAAAAUGUGAGAGCAGAAUUAAUUCUGAGAAGCAGUGAGAAUGAAGUCUUAGGAAAAGUGUUCAUCUGAAGUAAUACACAGAAGAUAUGGACUUUCUACUCUAAAGAAACACGUAAAAGAAUGCAAUAAUAAAAUACUAAAUGCUGUGGAGAAGGUAGAAUGGAUCCUAUUCACUUUCACAAGAUAAGGGGAGAUUCAGUGAAACAGAUUGGAAAACUUUCCAUGUGAAACAGUAAAUAACAUUACUUCUAUAGGUGAAGCCAAGAAUGUAGCUGAGUUUCACAGUGAUUUUUUAAAAACCUUACUUUUAAGGAAAUGAAGUAACAAAGAAACUUGGCCUUGUGAGCAGACUGUUCAGAACAUGCAGUGGAAGAUUAUUUAAGCCUUCUCAAUGAGGUUAGGACUUGUCACCUUGAAAAACAGGUUUUCAGACUAGUCAACUGAUUAAGUCAUCUUUGAUUUAAAGAAAAAUUUUCCUCUUUCCUACUGAAAUUCAGAAAUCUAGUAGAAGGCUGUUUAUACUGAGAGAUGUCUUAAUUAUAUGUGCAUAGAACUUACAUGCAGGCCUUUAAGUGGAACUUGAAAUCAACACCAAACAUGGCGAAGGCCUAGCUGGUAUGCCUCUAUAAACUGAGUAAAGGCAUAGAUAUUCCUGUUUUUCUUUUUUGCUAGCAUUUCCCUCAUCCAUUUCAAUACCACUAUUACUCUAAGAAUUCUGAUUUAGAAAAUAGAUUUCAGAUCAAUACUUAACAAAUAAAUCAUUAAAAAGUUGAUUAUAAAUAUGUAUAGGUGAAAAACACUGAAUUUUAAUAGGUUUUUUGUUGUAUGAUUAAGAACAAAUGACAGGAGGCAUAUGCUGCAUUCAGGUGCUCAGGAAAUCCUGAAGUGAGAACAAAAUCUUUGUUUACAGAUGAAGUGGUAGAUGAUGAUUUCUUAGUUACAGUAAUAGGAUUAUCCCCAUUAUGAUGCUUUCAUCUUGUCUUUCUGACCUUUCCAGGCUAAGUGACAAAUUCUCUCUUCAUGCUUAGGCCAUGAAAGUUGAGGAUGCAUGACUGUAAGGGUGGGGUGCCAGGUAUGCACCAUGUCAAUUACUUGUUCUUUUCUUUCUUUUAAUGACUAACAUGAAAGGGGUUCUCAAUAUUUCUGAAUCUGAACUAUAAUGACGAAUAGCAAAAUUUUUCAUUCCAUCUCAAAUUAUCUAGAAAAUGUUGGCAAUUCACAUAUGUUUUUGUCUUGUUCAAUACAAGUAGAGAAUGCAUGGAGAAAUGCCAGUGUGAAAUGUAAUGGGAUGCAAGAGGUUAGACUUAAAUGAUCUCAUGGUCUGUUCUGUCCUUAAACUCUGACAAAUGACUGUAGUAACAAGGUCUUUGAAGAAUUUGGACACAAAAAAGCCUCAAAAUAGGUCUCAGAGCACUGAGUAAAUGUGGGUACUUAGUUUUGUAAUAUAACUAAGAAUAUAAACCAGAAGUACUUGAGUAACAAUCAUUUUGAAUGAUAAAAGCUUGUAUUUUAAACAGUUAUUUCAAGACUUAUGUUCAGUUUAAAAUCAGUUAUAACACAGGAUGUUCUGAAGAGUUGCAAUGAGAAAAUUAGAUUAAUGUUAAAAAUGAAAACAGAAGCAAUUAAGCACAGCGACAAUAUUAAAACAAUCAAUAUACUUGACAAUUUUCAUAGAUUUUCCCCUUUUAUCUGUAAGUUAUUUACUUUGUCCUGCUGUACAUGUCUGACCUUUUAUUAUUGAGGAAAUAAAUAGGACUACUUAUGCUAGUGAAGAGUUGAAAGUGCUUUCAGGGUUAACAGUACCUAAGCUGGCUAGUUUCUUUACAGCAGGGGGCCGUCAGACAGUGAUGAUAACUUGCUAAGGAACUGGAUACCAAAUCAAAAAUAAUACCAGACUUGAUAUCAAAGAUAUCUAAGACUAAGAAGAAUCUUCCAUAUUGAAAGCAGAAUAUUUAAAAGGACUUAAGCGAGGUAAAAUGCUUGAAUCUGUAGAUUGAAGGUAGAAUCUGACUGUUUCUGUGGUAGCUGGGUGAUGGGAUGAAUUAGUGACAUUCAUAAUUGUUUAUAUUUCAGAUCUUCAAGCAGGUUUGCUAAUCUUUGGGGGCUGCAAGCUCCCAAAUCAGGGGCAUGCAGCUGAAAUAUACUGCAUACUGAAGUGCUUAAUUGUAUUGUUAAUUUCACUGUGGCUUAGUCAAGGCUUUAAUAGAAAUAUGUUAAUGCUAGGCUAGGCCAAAAAUGGAAGGAUGAGGAAUAAAUUCGGAUUGUGUUGCCAGUAGGUUUAUGUGGACCUUUCCCAUAAGGUUUAAUGUGAGCAAAAUAUUUCAGUUUGUGAGGAAGAAAGACCAAGAAGAUUCUAUUUUUCACAUCUCGAUCCUGUGCUUGGGUAUAGUGAGGGCCCCAUUAUAGGGCUCAGUUGCAUUCCUUGAAGUACUAGGAAGAGGCAGAGAGAAAAUUACCUGCUUUACCCUCAGUUGCCAUCUACCAGCAGCUGCUUUGGUGGUAUGAGUUGAUAGUGAACUAAUGGCUUAAUUGUAAGCUGGCACAUUGCUUGCCAUGACACUCGCUGUUAGUGUCCCCAUGCUGCUGCUGGUGGUGUCUAUGCUUCUCUCCACCUGGAUGGGCAGCUGUAUGGGGACAGCUUGCAAGUCCCCAGCAAGACUAUUUUAGUGUUUGCCCCAACUCCAUAGGCCUAGGUGUAGGGGUGCUUCCUGACUUGUGGCUCUGCUGCUGGUGUUUAUAGCAAAGCGGAGGAAGGCCUUUAACCAGGACCAGCUCUGUGUUGCUCCCCAAACUGCCCCUGGUGGAGUUGGUAGUGUCUUUGCAUAUGGGCUGAUACCCUACUUCCAACCACACUUUCCUCUGUCAUUGGUUGUGUGACAGGAUGUGAAAAGCAGCAGGUAGCUGCUGUCUACCAGUGUGUGUUUCUGUUGACCUCUUUCCAUGCAGCACACAUGGGCGCGCUGCAGAAAGGGUGGUAAAGGAGGGGGCCUGCAAUCCUGGCAGAUGGCACUGGUUUCUGCCCAUUGAUAUUAGAUAGCAAUUUAAUUAAAGAGAAAACAUUGGGGUUUUUUUCCCUUCAUGUAUGGGCUCUACUUGUUACUGACGCAGGCUGCUGUAUUGCUGUGAGCUGUGCAGGCUUGUGGUGG